AUGGUCUAUCGCGGGAAACCAAGCACUGGGUGCCAGAAUUGUCGAAAGAGACACAUCAAGUGCGAUGAAACCCGCCCUCACUGUAGAGCAUGCAUUCGGACGGGCCGGUCCUGUCCCGGUUAUCCACACCCGCUGGACGUGAUGCUGCGGCAGCGUACGGCGUUUGAGCGCAAGAAGCACAGCGGGUCUGGUAGCAAGGCUUCAUCUUCACCGUCUGACGGUCAAGGGUGCCAUGGCGGAAAAGAAGUCUCAGUCUCACCGACGCCUGCGCCGUCGGCCGUGCCCUUCGCCCCGGCGUCUACUUCGGCCGCUGUCUCCCCCAGAUACCCACUUCUGUCCGAGGCUCGAUCAGCCGGUGUCCCAGGCAGUCUUUAUUUUCCGCUGGAGGAUACAGUUACCUCCAUAUUUUUCAAUUCGUAUCUCUAUCUGCCAAAGGACCCCUUAAUCAGGGACGGGUUCAUGGAGCUGCUGCCUGAGUCCUACUCUAACACCCCGCCGGGGUCCCAUUUGCAUCUCAGUACUUUGGCGGUCUCUUUCUUUUCCGUUGCUGCUUGGUCAGGAAAUCCUGCUUUGCUUCGCUCAGCGGAACAGUUCUUCGUGAGAGCGAUAUCUAAAACGAGGAUCGCCCUGCAGGGAGACGUCGACGAUCAUCUAGAUGAGAUCCUCAUGACGGUUCUCGUGCUUUCUACAUAUGAGAUCAAAACCUCCAUGUUGUCCCAUCCGCCGUUGGUCCAAACCCCAAACGUGUGGCCGCUCUCGCCACUCGUGCCCCAAUCCCCCUCAUCCCAGCUCACAUCAGUCACAUCGGAGCUUGUGAACCUCCGAGGGGCGUACAAUCUCGCAACGGCAAACCCGGCCACAUACGACGUGGCGGAAAUCAGCGACAUCUACACCAGGGCGGUCACCCUCAACCGCCACCUCUCCGCAUGGGAGCACAUGCUUCCCGAGUAUUGGAAGCCGCUCCCCGCUUCUAUCAUCCCAGAGUCCGUGCGUGCAGCUGGGAUCUACCGUAGCCGAUGCGACUGCUACGCCGAUCAGUGGAUUGCAUCGACGUGGAACUUUUACCGCGAGUCGCGCGUCGUCGUCCAGAACAUCAUGCUGAAUUGUCUGCGUCGACUCCCUCCAGAUACUGAUACUUUAGAGAAAAUACAGUCGACUACGGCUCAGAUCCAGGUCGUGGCGACAGACAUCUGCGGUACGGUGCCGUACUUUCUCGGCAGCCAGACGGAGUCGCUCCAGCUGAGCCCGUCCGGCAUCCAGUACCCGGAGGCUGAGACGCGGCGGAUUACCCAAGCCCAUAAGCAGGCCGCGCCGCUCCUGGGCGGCUGGCAUGUCCUGUUUCAUCUGACGAACCUCUGCUCGCCGGAGUUGUGUCUCCCCGAGGACCAGCUGGCCUGGAUCGGCGAGCAGAUCCGGCGCGUUUAUCGCAUAUACAAUCUGGAUCCCACCGCACCGCCAGACACCGUCCAACCCGCUCCCUCCACACCGCAACAGCCCACCCCGAACCCACCACAAUCCACGACCCAACCGCCCCAAGAACCCAACUACUCCCGCCCGACAGACCUAGAAUUCAAGCUCCUCAACCCGCAAUCCAAAUACAAGCUCUUCUUCGGCGGGCUUGCCUUCCUCACCUUCUCGCUGUGGUCGACACGGCGCGCACUGAACAGACGCUUCCGCGCCUCCAUCCCGCCGUACUACACCAGCUCCGUGUACCACCGGCCGGACGUGAGCGGCGGCGCGGAGGCGUUCGAGGCGCUCAACCUGGCGACGCUGAAUGUGCUUUCGUUCGGGAUGAUGGGCACGGGCGCGGCGCUGUGGGCGUUCGAUAUCGACAGCGUGGACGAUAUGCGGCGGUAUGUGCGGCGCGGGUUUGAGAGCGACGGCGGCCAGGUGUCCGGGGCGGAUGAGCAGCUCGAGCAGGAGAUUGAGCAGUGGGUGGGCAGUGUGCUUGGGAAGAAGUUUGAGGAUCAGUUGAAGAAGGAGAAGGAGGGGACUGCGGAUGGUCGGGAGAAGUAG